CACCAUUGUAUCUUGUCCUGACUGCUUUUGGAGCUUUGUUCCAGUUAGGUCUUCCAGUUUCAACUAGUUCCAGGAUGAAUUCUGCAUUCUUUGAUUUGCUUCCCUCCGUUAUAGUACUACUUGUGGUUGUAUUAGUUGUAACAUUCUUCUUUUUCCCUUCUCUAUGAAAGGACGAAUUCUUGAACUUGCUUUCCUCCUUUGACAUUGUUAUUGAUGGCUGUGUUCUUCUUGUGUUGCAAUAGUCUAAAAAAAGUAACAUUAAAUUUUGAUGCUCUAUUUUUUUGUUUACAUUUUUCACCAACACGUUCAAAAUUUAAUGAUCUGGUUUUCAUAAUGAAUUUCAUCUUCUUCUUCUUUCCAUAGUUAUAACAAAUAAAACAUAAUCAUGACAUUACAGAGCACAUUGAGUGAAUACAUAUCGAAACAUCCAAAACCAGAGGGUUUGAAAUUUGCCUAUGGUACGGCUGGUUUUCGUAUGAUAGCUACCAAUUUGGACUAUGUUAACUAUACAGUUGGGAUUUUAGCAUCUUUAAGAUCAAAGCAAUUAGGAGGGAAAACCAUUGGUGUUAUGGUUACUGCCUCUCAUAAUCCACCUCAAGAUAAUGGUGUCAAAGUUGUUGACCCAUUAGGAAAUAUGUUGGUGCCUGAAUGGGAGAGUUACGCUACUUUGUUAGCUAAUUCAGACCCUGAGGACUUGUUGAAAAAUAUUACUGAAUUGGCUACAAAGCUUGAAAUCAACCUUUCUGCAAAGUCAAGUGUGGUAAUUGCAAGAGAUUCAAGAGAAUCUAGUCCUCGUUUAUCUAAUUCUACUAUUGAUGGUUUCAAAUCAAUCCCUAAUACUGAAUACACUGAUUUUGGAUUAUUGACUACUCCACAGUUACAUUAUUUAACAAGAUGUUUGAAUGAUCCACCAUUUGGUGAACCAACUCAAAAGGGAUACUAUGAAAAAAUCGCUUCUGCAUUUAAAGAGAUUUUCAAAUUAGGUCCACAUACUGAAAAGAUUGAUGUCACAAUUGAUUCAGCUAAUGGUGUUGGAGCUCCAAAAGUUAAUGAGUUGAUCACUGGUUAUUUAUCUAAUGAGAUUUCUUUCACCCUGGUUAAUGAUAAAUAUGAUGAAGCUGAAUUAUUAAACUUUGAUUGUGGUGCUGACUUUGUUAAGACCAAUCAAAAAUUACCAAAAAAUGUUGAUAAUCCAAAACCAAACAAAUUAUAUGCUUCAUUUGAUGGUGAUGCUGAUAGAUUGAUCUGUUAUUACCAACAAGAUGGAACAAAUAAAUUUCAAUUAUUGGAUGGUGAUAAAUUAGCCACUUUAAUUGCUUUAUUCUUUCAACAAUUAUUGGAAAAUAUCGAUGAAUCAAAAUUGAAGCUUAACAUAGGUGUGGUUCAAACCGCUUAUGCAAAUGGUUCAUCUACCCAAUAUAUUGAAGAUGAAUUGAAAAUUCCAGUCCGUUGUACUCCAACUGGUGUUAAACAUUUACAUCAUGAAGCUGAAAAGUUUGAUGUCGGUAUUUAUUUCGAAGCUAAUGGUCAUGGUACAGUCGUUUUUGCUCCAGAAGCUGAAAAGGCAAUCUUUGACUAUCAAGCUGAUAAAGAAAAUAAAAAGGAGGUUACCUCUAUCAAGAUAUUACAAGAAUUCACUAGAUUGAUAAAUCAAGCAGUUGGUGAUGCAAUUGCUGAUUUAUUAUCUGUUCUUGUUAUUCUUCAUUAUCUUGAUUUAUCUCCAGAAAACUGGAAUAAGUCUUAUUCUGACUUACCAAAUAAAUUAUCGAAAGUUAUUGUUGCUGAUAGAAGUAUUUUCAAAACUACAAACGCUGAAAGAACAUUGGUUGAACCUGUUGGUUUACAAGGCAAGAUUGAUGCUUUAGUCAGUAAAUACUCCAAGGGAAGAUCAUUUGUAAGAGCUUCUGGUACUGAAGAUGCAGUGAGAGUUUAUGCUGAAGCUGAAUCAAAGGAAGAUGUUGAAGAUUUAUCUAAAUUGGUCGGAGAACUUAUCAAAUAAAACAACAUUACAAAUCAAUAUAAAUGAAUAAAUAGCAUUUCUAAUUAAAU